AUGCUGCGGAUGACGUGGCUCAGCCGGGCGCGGCGCUCGCUUCCGGCUCUGCGGCGACUCCGCCGCGGGGGCUGCCGGGACCCCAAGCAGCCCCAGCCGGAGGCGUCCGCAGCCCCCGAGCCCGCCCACCGUGCCGCGCGCCGGGGCGCCGUAGAGCGACGGUGGCGGCCGCGCAGGCGCAGGGUGCGGCCGCGCAGCGUCACCUGUCCGCGCGUCGAGAUGGCUGGAAUCUUCAAAAGCAGGACUAGACUCCACUUGCUGCCUUCCUUUGGGAGGUCUCUACCAAGGGAGUUUUCUGCAAGAUUGUGGAAAAGAGAAGGCAUGUGCCUACCCCGUUGCUUCAGGACCCAUACGUCCUUACAGCCACAGAGAUGGCAACCUGACAGUGUUAAUUUUUAUCCUGGGACAGGGCUGGCACUGCACAGAUGCGCUGGCAGCUUAAGCCCCACCAACAGAGUCUUGGAAAAGUCUAUGAUUGAGAACAAAGAACAGUUCAAACUGGUCUACAAGUUUCCAGGAAUUAAAUAUUGUAGAAUAUUUUCAAGAAUGAAGUUGCUACAGACUGGUAUAACCAUAGUCAUCCUCCCUCCUGUCUAUCACCUCUAUCUGCAGGAACAAGUUUCUCAGGAUUUUCUGUUGUAUGUCACUGGCAUUGCUUGCUUUGCUUCUGUAAUGCUGUAUGGUAUAAGUUAUUUUCUCAGACGAAUGAUUGGACUGAUGUACUUAAAUGAAGCUGGCACCAUUGUAAAAGUGGCACACUUAACAUUCUGGGGAAAAAAGAAAGAAAUUUAUUGUCCAGUUAAAACUGUAAUGAUGUUGGGUGACACUGGAGAUGCUAAGAAUGAAGUACUGCUCCAAUUUAAACAGCACAAUAGUACGCAGGUUUUAUAUUUUACUCUAAAGUUUGGCCAUAUUGUGGAUAAACAGAGGUUUGCCCAAAUAUUUGGAGGAUUUUAGUGACUCAUUAGAUGCAAUGAUCAACAUUUUCCAAGCGUCUAGCUUGUUUAAUGUUUUUCCAUUGCUCUUCAUGCUGAAUUCAUAGCUUAAUAGAUUUGUAAGCACUCAAAUAUGAAAUAUUUCCAUCCUUUUUCCAUACAAAUCCUUUAUGAGCUAACAUGCACACCCGUGUUUGUAUAAAGGGGAUACAGUGAUGUAGCAACCCACUAGAUAGAAGUUCCUGUACUAGUUUCAGAUGAAAGCGGAAUC